AUGGAUGGCCUCGUCGAGGAUUUGGAAAAAGAUGACUACGAGUCGGAUAAUCCUUUCCCAGGAUGGGAAGGAGAAGAAAGCGAAGUGCUCCAGCGGCGCGACGUGAGCCCUGCUCGAACGUUGCGGACGCCGUGUCCGAUUCCCGAACUAUCGACUUCCGAGGUAAGUGGUGUCAUUACCAAUGAUCUCGACAAGGCACAGAAGCAGCAGCUGGAUGCUGUCUGCAGAACUGCUCCCAUGCGCGCGCCUCCACGGUCAUUCGUUGACCCUCGUGUGGAAUACGGCUUCCGCUCGGCGAAUCCCGCCACAGAAGCAAAUACGCGAUCAUUCGAUCGUUUGGCGUCUACGUGA